CUGACCGACACUGAAUAUAACCCAACGUCAAACGUCCCAACAAUAACAGGAAGGCUGACGUGGCUCUUUGAUAACACUAGCGCUAGACUAAACAGUUUCACAGACUACAGACUCUGUUGUUUGACUCACCAGUGCUCUGGAUACAGAGAGGGCAACCAUUUCCUUCCCUUCAGCUACACUUGAAAGUAAGGUAAAUUUUAAACCAUGGAUGAAUGUACAGAUCAUGAUACCACUACAGAUAUUCUUCUAAAUUCCAAGUAUGACAUGUUAAAUGAAAUGGUUGAAGAAAUUCAUACCAGAAGUGUUAGAAUACCUAAAGAUGAAAUAAAAAUUGUCAAUAAAUAUUUUCAGGAGGUUAUACAUGUUUUUACGAAACAAAUGAAAGAAGUUGAUGAUACAUUCAAGAAAAUAUUCAGGAAGAUACUGUACACAGGGAGUUUUUUUGAAGGCUUGAAAAUAUCGAGUGCAGAUGAAUACGAUCUCAAUGUUAUAAUUAAUCCUGAAUUAAAGAUGAAACCAGUCAGGAAGAAGAAGUAUGCGCCUGCCGGGCAUAUAGCAAUUGAAGUAAUAAAAGAUCAAAACUGUGAAAUAAAGCCAUACAAGGAUUGGUUACACCAUGAGAAAGAAUCCAAUCGCUAUUUUCUCAAGAUAGAUCAAGUUAAAUCUUGGCUUCAAGGAAUUGUUAUCAAGGCAAGAGACAAAAUUGUUGAAGAAAAAUUAAUAAAAGACUUCAAGUUGGAUAUUCGGCAGUCGGGACCAGCUUGGACUUUGAUUUUCAAGGAUCAAAACAGAAAAGUCAGCAUUGAUCUUGUCCCAUGUCUGGAGUUUCCUAACAAAGAUUGGCCAGGAAUACCUCGAAAGCCCGAAAAAAUUCUUAACGGAAAGGACAAUGACCCGUGGUUUGCUGUGCCAAAAAGCCCGAGAAUUCCCCCUGAAGAUCUUAAGAAGAACAAGCUUUGGUUUCUUGCUUGGAGGCUGUCUUUUCCCAUUCAGGAGAAAAAUAUUAUAAAUGACCUUAACUACCUCAAGUUUAUACUUCGAUUGUUAAAGCAAGUACGGGACCAGUUGAAAAUCCACGCUGUGGCCAGCUACUACAUAAAAACGCUGUUUUUGUGGGAAAUAGAAACACAAAAAGAUCAAACUAUGUGGAAGAAAACUUCUCGGGGACGUCUCUUCAUGUAUAUGUUGAUUCGUUUCCAAGAAGCGUUGGAGGCAGGGCAUAUUGAUUUCUUCUGGGACAAAGAAUGCAACUUGGUUGACCACGUUGCGGCUGAGUAUCUGACAAUCAACGCGAAUCAAAUCAAGAAGUUUGUUAAAAAAGUUGAAGGUUUUAUCGACAAAGGUGAUAAGGAUGAACUCAGGAAGUUUUUGAUGAGCAAACUGUGUCCAUCAGUGGAGGUGCCUGUUGCUCAGAAUGUCGGUAAACCUUCCGUAAACCAAUCAGUCGCACAGAAUGGUAAAAAAGCUAGUGAAAAUCGACCACCAGUAGUCAAGUUGAGCGAAAAUGUUCAGCAAGUGAACAGUGUCUUUGGUAGUUGCAUAAUACUUUAAAGGUACCCAAAGACAAGGUUAGGUUGUACAUAGCCAAAAUGCUAGGGACAUAAUGAGUUAAAUCUCACAGUAACUUAUUUUACACUCAAAUACAUGUUUGAGUCCAAACUAGUAAUAGUUCAAACUAAAAAUUUUGUUAUUCAUUGUGACCCUUAGUUGGAAUAUAUAAUUGAUAAAAUGGAAGAAUUACCUUAUCCAACCACAGUUGCUAGUAUGACAACUAGUUUCGUUCCUUAGAACAUCGUCAGGUCAUUGUAUGCAACUACAUUAUCAAUG